GCCAUUCCCACAAUCCUUGUACAGUUUGUUGAUGUAAUGAGUGGAGGAGAGAAGAAAGUUUGUGCUGCAUGAAUGCCCAUGGAAAAUCGAUAAAUUGUUCUGACUGAUGGGAUUACGGGGAAAGUUUUGUGGGUGCAAUAUUUGAAAUGUCUCUACAAGUUGUUGUGCUCGGUGCUACAAACGUUCCAAACCCUGAAACUUUUGGAAAAUGCGAUCCUUACGCUGCUCUUGAGUUUCAAGGUCUGCGCAAGAAAACAGCUGUUGUCAAAGGGGAUAUCAAUCCACAAUGGAAUGAGACAACUUGGAACUGCGAAGGUAGCUCUCAGAGAGUUUGUCAGUGGGGGAUCUCGGGAGUUGGAAGCGCCAUUGAUUGACUCCAAUAAGCGACAACAACAAGCGUCCGCUGUCAGGUUGAAGAUCACGUGCACACAGCCGGCCGGAGCCGCGGGAGCUGGAGGGAAUCAAAAUGGCGCAGGCACAGUCAUCGAAGUGGACGGUGAGGACGAGGAGGAGGACGAGGACGAGGUGGACGGCGGUGUGGGCAGCGCGGGCGGUGACCAAGGGGACGGAGCCUCGGGCACCAAGAGCAAGAAAAAGAAGAAAAGAAAGGCCAGGAAACAGCGGCCGGAGCUCUCCACCAAGGCCCAGGACCAGCAGAUAUACAACUCGAGAACAUUGAGAUCUGAUGCCCUUAUAGGAUCCUUCAAGUGUGACGUUGGACUAAUCUACGAUGAGCAACAGCAUGCCCUGAUCAACAAGUGGGUUCUUCUCAGUGACCCUGAGGAUGCCACGUCAGGCGCCAAGGGCUACCUCAAGAUCAGUGCCUGUGUCAUGGGGCCCGGGGAUGCUUCUCCGAACAUGGCCGCCAAGCCGGAUGAUGAAGAUGAAGAUAUUGAGAGCAACCUGCUGAGGCCAGCAGGUGUUCAGCUCAGACCAGCUACUUUCGCUCUCCGCCUGUUCCAUGCUGAGGACAUCCCACGGAUGGACUCGGCUUUUCUCGAGGGUGUGAAAAAAGUGUUCAGGAUUGGUGAGGAGCAGAAGGAGUUGGUCGAUCCAUAUUUUGUCUUCAGUUUUGCCGGCAAAGAGGUCAGGUCCAAGAUCAUGUACGCGAAUGACCACCCAGACUGGUAUCAGGAGCUCAGGCUUGGACUUCAGUUUCCAUCCAUGUGUGAGCGGUUAAAAUUUCAAAUCAAAGAUUGGGACCGGCUGAACCCUGACGACUAUGUGGGCACCUUGUUCCAGCCCAUCUCCAUCAUAUCGUCUAGCGGAGAAAAGGGAUUCCUGCCGACGUUUGGGCCGUGCUAUGUCAACUUUUACGGCUCCACCAGAGAGUACACGGACCUGCCCGAUGAUUAUGAGGAUCUUAAUCUGGGCAAGGGAGAAGGUGUGGCUUACAGAGGCCGUGCCCUGAUACAACUGACCACCACCCUGGGCGAGCUGCCCGAGACUGCUGUAGAGGAGAUUGGCGGAGACGACCGUCUCAGAGUCCAGAAAUUCAUGAGACGGCGAAAGUACCGUGUCCAUGCAGCCUUCCUCAACGCCAGUAUGAUCAGUGCCAGUCACGUGGACGCUCCCAUUGAAUUUGAAGUCAGCAUGGGUAACUAUGGUAACAAACUGGAUGAGAACGUGCCACCAUCACCUUCCACCACCCAGCCCACCAACGCGGUGUUUGACGGCUGCCACUACUACUUCCUGCCCUGGGGUGGCACCAAGCCCUGCGUGGUGGUCGACUGCUCCUGGGAGGAUAUCUCCUUCAGGCUGGAGUCCCUCAACAUCAUGCUCAACAUUAUCGAGAGACUAGAAGCGAACCUGGAACGUGUGCAGAUUGGUAUCAAAGCAAAGCUCCCAGUGCCAGAGCUAGCCCAACUCCUCAUCUCUCUAUUGGAUCAGCUGAUCUCUGAUUGCGGGUCACCCUUGUCUCCAGCCCGCGAUGGCGAACAUGUGACCAAUGAGCUUGACCAGUUGACCGAGCUAGAGAGGAAGGAUACGCUGAAGCACGUCAAGAGCGCGGCGUUAACACUCAGAGAGAAUGCUACAGAUCUGGAGGAAGCCUUGGUGGAAGUGGAGAACUAUGCGUCCAUCUUGAGAAAUGUUGCUCAGGAGCCCCAGAACAGCAUGCCAGAUGUUAUCAUCUGGAUGAUCAGUGGCCAAAAGAGGAUCGCUUAUUUCCGCAUCCCAGCCAAUGAGCUUCUUUACUCUGACAAAGAAGACAGCAGAGGAACGUGCUGUGGCAAACUCAUGACACUGGCUUUGCGGUACCCGCAUGUGAAGGACAAGGACAAGAAAGCUGACAUCCCGGCGGUGCUGCGGGUCAAGCUGUGGCUUGGGCUACAGACCCAGGAGUCCGCCUGGCACCGCAUGCAGACUGAGGGAGAGCUGGCUGUCUAUGCGGAGACUUAUGAAAAUCAAGUAAACAUCUUGGGCACUUGGACCAACAAGGGCCCCACCAUGACAAGACCCAAGUUCUCAGACAGUGAAGGAAGAAUUGAGCUGAACAAGAACGAGUUCACCCCACCCCCUGGCUGGACAUGGGAGGGAGACUGGUACAUCAGCCCAGAGCUCAGUAUGUUGUUUGACAAGGACGCUGGUCACCACACAUACCUGGAGGACAUCUAUGAGUGCCACUCUCGCAACAUCCCUGGUGGGGGCUGGGGGCCGGCUUCAAGGCCUUGGGCAGAUGUGAAAGGUGACCAGGCCCCUGAAAGGGCAGCAGUUCCCCUGCCUGAGGGCUGGAAGUGGGACGAUGACUGGCAGAUUGAUUUGGGCCGUGCUGUGGACGAGGAAGGCUGGGAAUACUGUGUGGAGGCCACGGUGGGAGGCUACGGGCCUGUGGAGAAGACUUACCACUUGUGUCGCCGACGCCGGUGGCUGAGGCCUCGUACAUUUGUGCAAGGAGCUGCAAAGAAAAAAGAGAGACUGGAUCUUAUGAUGGAGGAGCGAAAGAAGAAGCAGACAGAAGGCUGGGAGUACGCACCCCUGUUCAACAUGAAGUUCCAUGCCCAGGAGAGGACCAUGGACCUGGUCCGUCGUCGUCGCUGGCAUCGCAAGAUGAUCUCGCUGGGCACCGAUGGCUCUUGCUUCUUCAACGUCCAGCAUGAGAGCAAGGAAGACCAGGACAAGGAGACGGCACAGCUAGUCUCUCUGGCUGCUCCGAGAAUGUUCCUUACCUACAAAUCCUCCCACAAGUAUCAGCUGAGAGCUUAUGUGUACCAGGCCAGGGAUGUUUUGGCGGCGGACGACACAGGCUUGUCAGAUCCGUUUGCCCGUGUCUCCUUCAUGACCCAGAGCAUGGUGACCGAGACAGUGAAGAAAUCCCUCAGCCCGACCUGGGACCAAACGCUCAUCUUCGGCGAGGUCGACAUUUAUGGAGAUCCAAGGAAUUUAGAGACCACACCACCAGAGAUCUAUGUGGAGUUGUUUGACUAUGACACAUUUGGCAAACCAGAGUUCCUGGGAAGGACCAAAGCUCAGCCUAUGGUGAAACUGGACCCGGCAGAUGCCCGUACACCGGUGCUACAGUGGUACUCUAUUGUACGACAAGAGCAGGAGGGAGGGGAGCUUCUUGCUGCUUUUGAACUCAUCAAGAUGCCAGAAAAUAUGCCUACAGAUGAAGAGUUUCCGGAUGCUGAUUCUGAUGAAGAGACUGAGAUCACGACCAAGGAUCUGCCGUUCCUACCACCUAAGAGAGGAAACCUGUACAUUGUGCCUAAUGGCAUCAGACCUGUUAUGCAACGGACUGCUAUUGAGAUUCUUUGUUGGGGUGUGAGGAACAUGAAGAAGUUCCAGCUGGCUGCGGUUACCUCCCCCAGCGUGCGCUUUGAGUGUGGUGGCCACGUCCAGGACUCUGUGAUCAUCAAGGACACCCGCCGGAACCCUAACUUUGUCGAGAACAUCCUGUUCUUCGAUGUGAUGCUGCCAAAAGAAGAGCUGUACAUGCCGCCAAUGAACAUCCGUGUGAAAGAUCACCGCCAAUUUGGUCGCAAGCCUACAGUGGGAGUCCACAUUUUGAAGUCCUUGGAAGAAUUUCGUUGCGACCCAUCGAAAGAAACUGCAUCUGCAACCAGAGCCCUCCCCCCAGCCACUAAUGGACCUCCUGCUCCGAAACCUCCCGAUGGUCCUGACGGUCCAGGAGACCCCAGUGAAAUGAUGACAGCGCCCUCUACGCCUGGAGGAGGGGACGGAGCCUCCACUAGUGACCGCACCCCACUGACCGACAAGCCUGUGGGACCAGAGGACACCGUCAUUCAGAUGACAGAGGAGGAAGACAAAGACUUGGGAGUUCUGAGUCGAAUCGGCAACGCAGUCAAGUCAGGGAUGUCAGAGUUACUGCUUAGGGAUUCAGAACUGACCAAGCAAGAACUGGAUUGGUGGUCCAAGUACUAUGCCUCUACAAAUGACCUUGAAAAAUGUAAAAAGUACCAUGCCCUUGGCUAUGACACUUUGGAGCUUCUGUCAGGAGAACUGGAGAAGGAGGAAACAUAUCGAGGCUUCUCAGAUUUCUGUCACACUCUGGCCCUCACUCGGGGCAAGAAUGAUGAUGACGAGGAUGACAAUGUAAUCGGGGAAUUCAAAGGUUCGUUCCGCGUGUACCCUCUGCCCCCUGACCCUAGUCUGCCGCUGCCCUCACGUAUCUUCCAAGCCUUGCCACCCAGCACACCCGAGGAGUGUAUCAUCCGUGUCUAUGUGAUCCGGGCUGUGGAUCUGCAGCCUCAUGACCCCAACGGAUUGGCUGACCCUUAUGUGGAGGUGGAGCUUGGCAAGAAGAAGCUCAGCACCAGUGAUGAGUACAUCCCCAACACCAUCAACCCAGUGUUUGGCAGGCUGUUUGAGAUGAAGGCAUUCAUCCCUCUCACCAAGGAUUUGAAAGUCAGGGUCAAGGACUAUGAUCUGCUCAGCUCCGACGACACGAUCGGAGAGACGACGAUUGACCUUGAGAACCGAUACCUCUCCAAGUACAGGGCAACCUGUGGCCUGCCAAAAACAUACUGGGUAUCCGGUGUGAACCAGUGGCGUGAUGCACAAAAGCCACGUGACAUCCUGUUGGAGUACUGUCAGCGCAACCUCCUGGAGGGUCCCACCUUCCCCACCAGCACCAGCUGUAAAGUGGGAAGCAGGACUUACAAGCUCUCUGACUUUGAAAAAACUCCCCCAAAGAACAAGCAUUGGGGACCAGAAGACCAGCGAUUGGCUCUGCAUAUUCUCAACUUGUUCCCAUUGGUGAAAGAACACGUUGAAUCUAGGCCAAUCUACAACCCACUGCAGCCAAAUAUAGAGCAGGGUCGCCUUCACAUGUGGGUCGAUGUCUUCCCAUCGUCUCUGGGAGCACCGGCUGCUCCAUUUGACGUUGGCCCAAGAAAACCGGCCAAAUAUGUCCUGCGUGUGGUCGUCUGGAACACCAAGGAUGUGAUUUUGGAGGAGGAAUCGAUCACAGGUGAAAAGAUGAGUGACAUCUAUGUCCAGAGCUGGAUGGCCGGUGUUGACCAGAAGCAGAAGACAGAUGUCCACUACAGGUCCCUGGAUGGAGAAGGAAACUUCAACUGGAGGUUUGUUUUCCCCUUUGACUACCAGGUGGCAGAACAGUCUCUCGUGGUGAAGAAAAAGGAACACUUCUGGAGUCUGGAUGAGACUGAGAUACGUACUGUUCCUAAGUUCAUCACCCAGAUCUGGGACAAUGACAAAUUCUCCAAGGAUGACUUCAUUGGUCACCUGGAGCUCAACCUGAAUGCGAUGCCACUCCCUUCGAAGCGGUCCAGGAACUGCACACUGAAGAUGCUUCCUGAUGCCAACCCUGAUGUGAAGCUGGUCUCCUUGUUUGAGAUGAAGCACAUGCGUGGUUACUGGCCCUGUUUCGAUGAAUCUAGCGGAACUCGGGAGCUCACGGGCAAGGUGGAGAUGGAGCUGGAGCUGAUCUCGUCCGAAGAUGCUGAGGAGCGACCGGCCGGUCAGGGCAGAGAGGAGCCCAACAUGUACCCGAAGCUUGACCCACCGAAGCGGCCAGACACCUCGUUCCUGUGGUUCACGUCUCCCUGGAAGACGCUGAAGUUUGUGAUCUGGCGUAACUACCGCUGCCUCAUCAUCAUGACCAUCCUGAUCCUCCUGGUGGUGCUGCUCAUCGGCCUCUUCAUCUACUCCUUCCCUGAACAACUGUCGAGAUGGAUGGUCGGCAACUAGAUGUAGAACCACAGAGAGGUUUGAUAUUUGGAUGUUUCUCCGGAGGGACUGCACCUGUGGUGUUUACAAAUCCUGACUUACCACCAAGAGGACAAUCAUGACGCAAGACGAUUUUGAUUAUAAGUAGACUGUACUGCUGAAAGGAAAACAUUAAUUUGUGCUGCAUUUUUUUUAGAGAAGCAAGAAUUAUGAUUAAAUACCUUUCCAUUGUCAUACCUUUCUUGUUAGUGAGAAAUUCAGUGUAGACGUGGCACUAUUGUUUAAAUUAGGUUGUUGGGUUGGGGUUUUUUUCAUUGGUUUUCCACAUCACAUUUUUUUUUCUUUAUUGAGUUUAACUACUUUUUUUCUGAUGAAGAGUAGAAUAUAAUGAAGUUGUGAAAAUGACCAUGUAAUGUGAUUAUUUUGUUAAACAAUUGAUGAUUACUGACUUUAUUAAGUGUCAAAAUUUCUGAGACUGAACGUCAUUUUACAGACUUUAUUUUAUAGUUUCAAGUCAAAGAACUGCUGUGCAUGACCUGACUAGUGACUCUGACAUGUUUUAUUUUAUUAUUAUAAUUAUAAUUUCAUAUAAGAUACGUUUUAAGCACAAGUGAUGAUUUCAUAUGCACUUUAGUACUGUUGUUGUGGUCAUUCCAUUUCAUUGGUUCAUUCUAACUUGUGGGGAAAGUAUGCCAAUGUUUAUGAUCAUCUAAAUAACGUCACGAAAGCCUUUUCCUUCAAUCAAAUGACGCCUACUGAAAUUUCCAAACAGGAACAGUAAAUAAGUCAGAAAUAAUUCUCAAUUCAGCUCAUGUUUCUUACCACUUGUUUUUUUUUAAAUCUCUGCCACAAGCAAGUAGAAAAGAAGGAGUAUAUUUUAAUGUGUUUGUCGGGGUUGGGAAAAGUCAUAUUUUAUCCUCUCCUAGGGAGAAGAAUUGAGGAAUAUCCUGCUAAAGAACAACUUAAGUGCACUCUGCUUUUUGUUUAUACUUACUGAUAUAUUUGUAUUCGUUGUCUUUCACGGCCUUGUUGCUGUUAUGAUGAGAUAUUACAGUAUCUGAUUCAGGCACACAAAUGAAAUAUGAAACCGUUUUUGUUAAAUCUUAGUAAGUACACACAAAACUGAACAAUUUUAUUAUUUUAAUCUGUUCUUUUUAAUUUGAAUACUCUCGUGUGAUGUAAUCCCUUUAUUUUUGUCUUGAUGCACCUCCUCCUCAUACUGAUUGAAUCAUCUGAAACUUCUUUUAUUGUAUUAUGGCAUUUCAAUAUGUUUUUAUUGAACUGUCGAUGUAGUAGAAAUCGCUUGGUGGGAGAAACUGCAUUCUUUUUUUAAAGUAUACGUAGAGAGAGAAAAAUGAUGUGUAUGCUCAUCUGGUAUAGUUGGGUUGGCUUUAGACCAUUGUGUUAACAGGCGUUUUAGCUUGUUUUCUUGUCGUGUCAGACAAAGGAUGUGAGUUAAAAUGAUCAAAGUAUUUGUGUUUUUUUUAAUGAAAAAAAAAAAAACAACCCCUCACCAAGAACGACUUAAUUGAUGUCAACGACUGGUUAUUUUUUAUUUCUCUCUGAACAUUAUGAGAAUGUUACUCAUCAGAGAUUAAGUUAGUGGAAACUUGUUUCCAGUCCCGUUAGAUAUUUGAGCAUAUAACUGCUUUGCGGUUUAUUUUUUUCUCCAAAAUAUGUAUGCAUGAGUGCUUAUAGCUCAGUUGGUAUCUUGCUGGACUGCCGUUUGGAAUUCCCAGAUUUGAGUCCCCAAUAGCGUGCUCUUGAUCUUGGGUUGUGUGGGGAGUUUUUCCAGCGCUCCACUUACUUGGUUCGGUCCUGUCUCCGAUGGACGUUAAAUUUGGAGAUCCCACCUUUGAAAUAACCUAACACUACACACUGUUUUUCAGGGACGUUGAGUCCAUACCACACUACAGUAAAAAAAUAUUGGGUCAGUGUUGUGGGUGGAUAUGAAGGAGGUGUCUUUGGUCUCCCUUUUUUCUUACUAGUCAUGAGUUGUGAAGCACAAACUGUACUGCUAUAGCUGUAACCUGUGACAAACCAUUUCCUUGUUGUGGGUGUGACAUGGGAAGUCAGUUCUUUUUGAAGCACUACCAGCUCAGGGCAAGUUACUUUUUCCAAAAGCCGAAAGCAGAUUCCAUAGCUGACUUGAUUUUCAUGCUUUAGUUAUUUUCAGAAUAAAUCUGUUACUGACGGACGCAGAUUGGCAAUUAUUGGCACAGACAGCUGAAGAUACAAAGUAGAAUGAAAAUUUCCUAGAUUUAUUGUUAUGAAGAAAUGAAUUCUGCUUGAAACUUUACAACAAUAACUUUAGUCUCCCCAUCUGCUCACUGCUCUGUAGACCAUUUUUAUUAUUUUUUUUGCCCCAUGUCUUUAUUGCCUACAUCAGCUGUGGUGCCAAAAUGUAAAAAAAAGAAAAAUAUAUAAUAUUUGAUUGUUUUGUCAAUAUAAAUGUCUGUAAGUCAAAGUGUGGUUUGAAUAGUUGAAACUGUCAAGAGAAAAGAGAGGUGUUGAUGAAGGUUAAGCAAAUGAGAUCACAAAGAAGCUGGUUCCUGUUAAAUGAUACUCUUAUGGGUUGCUUGUGGUUUUUCACGGCUUUUACAAACGCUGUACAUAGAAUGUUUCAGGGAUGUUUACAAGGCGAUAUUGAUUUUUAUUUUCUCUAUGCAGAUAUCUCAGAUCACUCGAUAGAUAGUGAUUUAAACCCAAUUUUGUUUGUGCACAAAAUAAGGCUUGAAACAUUUGCAGACUGUUUUUGAUUGGGGCGUUCCAACUCCCGAAAAAGGUGAAAGUUGAGUACAAUUACAAUGUAGAAAGAUAAUCCAGCAAUAAAACACGUUACUGUGGACUCACUUGCACAGUUUUCUCUAAGUGAAGUGAUACUCUUGACAACAGUGCUGUUACUAGUGUUACCCUGGCUUCCAUCCUCUUGGGUCUUUUGAAUACUUAUAAAUUAUAAAUUAUUUUUUAAAGGUAUAGAUUGAAGAAAACUUUCUCUCCUGUUUAAGAAUAUCAUUAGCUAUUAUCUUUUUUCAGUCUUAGAGGUUGUUGUUUUUUUACAUGACUAAUGUUUACAAUUUAAACAGAUCUGAAGACCAUGACAUAAAUGGUAACCUAAACGGUUGUGAGUUCGCAGACUAAGAACUUUUAACAAUAUUUACUUUUGAUGGGGUUCAAGUCUGGAGUUGUGUUAAAAACUCAUAUUCUCUUUACAAAAGUGACAAACUUUGCCUCGAAUAUUUGUUUUAAGUUAAUAUUCAUUUAAAAAAAAUAUAUGUUAGGAAGUAGCAGUCAUCAUCUUUUUUGCCAUUUCAAUGUAUGCUACUUCUUUUUUUAAAUAACCAUCUAUUUAAAAUGCAGUACACUCAUAGCAGUUUAUGAUCCAUGCUCUUUAAAGAUGCUUUGGAAAAAUUUUGAAGAGAGAAAUGCACCUGGUGAGCCUACCUCAUUUCCCUUUUUUUUCUUCUUUUUUUUUUUUUUGAGAGGCAAAAGUGAGGUCUGUGAUGUUGAAACUAUAGUCAUUGUUAAAGCUCACGGAGUGAUCACACUGUACAUUGAUGUUAACCAGCAAUACUGUUUCCAUUACUUUAUGGCUUGACAAUCUUUUCCAUGUGCACAUGUUUGCAAGAGCCAACAUAUCGUAACUUUUGAAGUCGACGCUUGAAUAUGAAAAUGCUCUUUUCUUUUUAUAUUCAUAGGCACUAAACAGUCCUUUGUGGUCUGUAGGUUUAUUGUUUCAGAAUGUAAUCAGGUCUUCUUGGGUAAUACUAUAGAUUGUAAAGUGCAUAGAGCUUGCUGCUGAGUGGGAAUUUGCGCUAACAAAAGUGCUAUCUGUUAUUAUUAGUAGGGUUUGUUGUUGUAGGUUUUAUUUUUUUCUUCCACACUGAAAUUUUAGUCAAGCUUUCAAGGUUUGUGUCCUUUUAUAUAAACUGUGGGCUGUGGAAUUUUAAAGCCACCCUCUUGUAUAUGGUUUGUCUCUUUGGCUGUGAAUGAGCACUGAGAACAAAAUGAAUGGUGAAGUGAAAGUUACAAUUCUCUCCAUAAGUUAGAUGUUGUUUGUUGUAGCACUUGCUCGCUGAUGAUAAAUUAUUUAUGCUGCUCGUGCCUUACAGUCAGAAAACAAAGUGAUAAUACAGCAGCGUCUGCUCUUUAAGUUAAAACGUAUAAACCCUUGUAGCACAAAAUUAUGUUGACUGUUAUAAAUUUGCAUGGCUUUGGUCUGCGUUGUGUAGACAAUGGUUUUUGCAGGUAUGAUUCUGAUCCUGCCUUUAUGCCCACCCCAUGAUGAGCCGUUUCUUGUAUCAUGACUAUAAUGCAUGUGAUGGCGGAGACCGUUUUUAAACCUACUUUUACUCCCCCCUCUUUCUUUACUUAUUAUACAUACAAUACUCUGUAACGUAAGUAUCAUCAUUAUAAUUUCUAUACACAAUAAAACAAUUUCCCUCAUGAA